UAUACACAUAAUUCUCAUACGUUACACCAAAGGCUUUAUAAUAACUAUCACAAUACGCAGCAUAUAUGUAUAUAUAUUUGUUAAUCCAAAUAAUAUCAUCCAACAAUUGCUUCUUCUUCUGGUUGUUGUUCAUCAUCGAUUAAAAUCCAUAUACAGGUUUAAAAGCGCAGUACUCAAAAGAAGGAAAAUGUUAGAAAUCUCCGACAGUGUCUUCUUGUUCACCCUUGUGGCAAUCCUCGUAACAAGUCUGGUUUACACACUCAAGCGCCUGAGUCACGAUUCGAAGUCAGCGAACCUCCCACCAGGUCCACCGGGUUGGCCGGUGGUUGGGAAUCUGUUGCAGUUCGCGCGCUCGGGGAAACAGUUUAUCGAAUACGUAGAGGAGAUGAGAAAGAUGUACGGCCCAAUUCUCACACUAAAGAUGGGAAUCCGAACAAUGAUCAUCAUUUCCGACGCCAAUCUCGCACACCAAGCCCUGAUCGAGCGUGGAGCACAAUUCGCAACCCGACCCGUCGAAACUCCGACCCGGAAAAUCUUCAGUUCCAGCGAUAUCACAGUCCACUCCGCCAUGUACGGUCCCGUGUGGCGUUCCCUGAGACGUAACAUGGUUCAAAACAUGCUUAGCUCGAACCGGUUAAAGGGAUUUGGUUCGAUCAGAAAAUCCGCCAUUGAUAAGCUCGUGGAGAAGAUCAAAUCGGAGGCUGGGAACAACGACGGGCUCGUCUGGGUCCUGAGGAACGCUAGAUUCGCUGCGUUUUGUAUAUUGUUAGAUAUGUGUUUCGGAAUCGAGAUGGAAGAAGAGUCGAUUGAGAAGAUGGAUCACAUGAUGACGGAGAUUUUAAUCGCCGUUGAUCCACAAAUCCACGAUUAUCUUCCGAUUCUCACUCCGUUUUACUUCAAGGAGAGAAAAAAGGCUUUGGAACUUCGCCGGGAACUUGUCGAAUUCGUCGUCGGAUUCAUCGAGAAGCGACGGUCGGCGAUUCGAAACCCCGGCUCCGAUGAAACGGCGUCGUCUUUCGCGUAUCUUGAUACUUUGUUCGAUCUCAGAGUCGAUGGCCGCGAGACGACGCCGUCUGAUGAAGAUCUCGUGACGCUCUGCUCCGAGUUUCUCAACGCCGGUACGGAUACGACGGGGACCGCGAUAGAGUGGGGAAUCGCGGAGCUGAUUUCGAAUCCUGAGAUUCAAUCUCGGCUGUACAAUGAGAUUAAAUCAACGGUGGGAGAUGAUCGUGACGUCGAGGAGAGAGAUUUGGAUAGAAUGGUCUUUUUACGAGCUUUUGUUAAGGAGCUUCUCCGGAGACAUCCUCCGACGUAUUUCACGUUAACUCACGGCGUCACGGAGCCGACGAAACUCUCUGGUUACGAUAUCCCCGUCGGAGCUAACGUCGAGUUUUAUCUCCCGGGUAUAAGUGAGGACCCUAAGAUAUGGUCUAAACCGGGGAAAUUCGACCCGGACCGGUUUAUAACAGGUGGAGAAGACGCUGAUUUAACCGGAGUUGCCGGGGUCAAGAUGAUGCCGUUCGGAAUUGGCCGUCGGAUUUGCCCCGGGCUUGGAAUGGCGGUCGUACACGUGGAGCUAAUGCUAGCGAGGAUUGUUCAAGAAUUCGAGUGGAGCACUUACCCGCCGGAGAGCCAAGUGGAUUUCACCGGAAAACUGGUUUUUGCGGUGGUGAUGAAGAAUCCGUUGAGAGCGAGGGCUAAAGCGAGGGUUUAAGUUUCGUGGAUUGACUCUGUUGUGGGUAAACUUUACCAAACCCGGUUCAAGUGAAAUCUCGCGCAUAUUGUCUGAUUUGAUGUGGUUUAAUUAAGUAAAUGUUUUUAUUAUUCUGCAAUUAAAUUUUGAGUUGGUUUGCAUGUGUUCACUUUCAGAAAAAAAGGAAAUUGUUUUACGCUUGUUACAUAGUCGUUUAAUUAUAACUGAUCAGUGGAUUAUCAGAAAAAGGAAAUAAAAUCGAUGGUUUAACUGCGCCA